CGUCAAUGUCCUUCUUUGUCCUUUCAAUGUCAUCGUUUAUCUGUCCUCCUGUCAAUCAAUCUGAAUUUUAUCAUGUAUUUCGGGGAUUAAAAAUAAUAAAAUUGAGAAACCCCAAGAGGAUUUGACUAAACUUAAGAUAAAUUAAUUACAGUUAUGGACUAAUGCAUCUGGCUUUAUUUUAUAUUUCUAGGAUUGCAUUUGAAUAGAGACUCAGGUGAAAGUUAAGGCAAUGCCGGAACACUUGGAGCUUCAGCAUCUCGUCGAUCUAUCAGCUGGCAGCGGUGACGAGACGAUACCAAACUUAUUGGAGAACAAAAGGCCGCUCAUCAAAAGAUGCCCGUACUUAGGCCUGAUACUGGCGACGCUAUCGUCUUUGUUUUUCUCACUGUGCUCGGUCAUCGUAAAGAGUCUCGUUAACAUUGACCCCAUGCAGCUGGCCAUGUUCCGGUUCAUAGGUGUGCUGUUACCCACAAUACCAAUAGUAAUUUACACUGAACAGCCUGUGUUUCCUCCUGGAAAGCGAUUGUUACUCGCGCUGCGGUCGGUUGUUGGCACAGUGGGCUUAAUGUUAAGUUUUUACGCAUUUCGCAACAUGCCAUUGGCUGAUGCAUCUGUUAUUGUUUUUUCGGUGCCUGUUUUUGUUGCUCUAUUCGCACGGGUGUUUUUGAAAGAGCCUUGUGGUAUGUGGAACACGAUUUCUAUCAUUUUGACGUUAAUUGGGGUUAUUUUGAUCACUCAUCCGCCAUUUCUAUUUGGAAGUGACUCCACCGUGGAGCACAGUCAAAACUACAAUACCCUAAGAGGAGCUAUUGCAGCAUUUGUGUCUACUAUAUUUGGGGCGAAUGCCUACGUUUUGUUACGGGUACUCAAAGGAUUGCAUUUCUCUGUAAUCAUGACCAAUUUUGGUGCUAUUGCUAUAGUACAGACUUUGUUUUAUUCUUUUGUUUUUGGUGUACUGUGUAUGCCUAAUUGUGGCACUGAAAGAUUUCUAGUCGUUUGCUUAGCACUGUUCAGCUAUUUGGGGCAGAUAUUGUUGACUAUGUCAUUGCAGAUGGAACAGGCAGGUCCUGUGGCCAUUGCCCGUUCGGCAGACAUUGUAUUUGCAUUUCUAUGGCAAGUUAUGUUCUUUAAUGAGAUUCCUAGUAAAUUUUCUAUUUGUGGGGCGAUUUUGGUACUAAGCUCUGUCCUUCUUGUUGGCCUUCGAAAAUGGGCUCUAGCUUUGCCAGCUGAUUCUCAAUUGAGGAGUAAGUUAGGGGCUUUAGCACAAUAAUUUAAGGAUCAAAAAUCUAGUCACUCAGCUGAAUCUCAUAUGUAUAUUGUUAUCAGUAUCACAUUUAAUACUAAUGGUAUCAAAUGGCAGGACUUAAAAGAUUGAAGCUUUUAUGCUAUACAUAAUAUUACUAUAUAAUGGGUGUUUUAAAUAUUUUUUAAAUAUAAGGGAACAGUCAUAACUCAAAUAUAUGAUUUAAGGAUUGGAAACAAGAUUUCCCAGUCCUGCCACCAUGUAGCAUCCAUUGCAAUCAAAAUAUUUAUGCUUGAAAUUUAGAUAAAAAUAAUUACGAGUUGAUACAAUAACUACUAUUAGUGUACUUAAGUGUAACUUUUCACCCUGAAGACUGCUUAAAUAAGUCCACUCGAACUUGUGUUGUGUCUUGCCUCUAGUUCUUUGCCCUUUGGACAAGCCAUAUAGUUAUUCUACCUGACUUGUCCAUUGCAUGCCUUAUGUUCCUCUUUGUUAAUCUUGCUAGUCCUUAGGCUGGGUUGCCCCAUCUUACUUUAACUUUGACAACGUCAAAAAUCUGUCCAAUUCCAUACAAAAAGCACCGGUUAUCGUCAUAGUUACCGUUAA